GCGAAUGAAUUAUGCUGUAUUUUGAAGUUAUCAAUUGAAUCGUGGACAGGGAUUUAAACGUGUUUGAAGUUUUGUACAUUUAAAUACCAGUUCGUAUUGAGCGGUAGCUCUCCUGACAACCGUUUUCCUUAUCUCGUGAAAAAAGAUUCAAGCCUGCGUUACGUAGCCAGUAACCGCGUACACAAAAAGAGAAAAAAUAAUAUUCGUCACCGAGUCAAAGUGUUUCAUUUCCGUCUGUAGAUCUUUCAGGGGGUAGAGAUGGAUAUUUAUCUUUGAAACGACAGAAACCGACGGACGGGACAUAAUAUUGCCACAGGAGGAGAACCCGUGCUAAAAUCAGAAGAUGGCCUCUUCGUUCCUGGGCCCAGAGUCUCCAAGACCCCUUUCGGUCGUAUCGGAAGGUUAUCAAACUCGCUUCAGAAUUCCCCACUAUGAAGAGAAAUUCUGUUUUGGGAAAAAUUACGAGGAAAAAAUGUUCGAUCUUAUUCAUAAGUACCUGGAGCUCGGUACAACCGACCGUUUCUGUUACAUCGGAAAUAUAAAGGGAAGUCUGGUGGAGAGGAUAGCGGAAAAGUUCUGUCUUCUAGAACCAGUCAUGUCCGUGAUUCCGGGACAUUUCAGUUACGUGGAAACCGGAAGUGAUAAACUCCUGUCUGUCCGGGUCGCUCACACAGGAGCGGAGGAGUAUUUCAAACAGCUGGCAACCAGUAAAGAAAAAGUGAAAACAGUUUUUGACAAAAUCAUUAUUAAAGAUGGAGUUCGUUAUCUCCAAAAUCCAAAGGAAUGUUAUGAACACGUGAUGCAGUGUGUUGAUAAAUCCGGGAAACUCCUUAUCAUCCAUAGACCGGGGUCUUUGAAUACUCUCCCAAUUUUUCAAGAUGCAAAACAACGAUUGGAAGAAGUGGAAACACCAUAUAUGGACAUUAUCAAAGACCUUCAGGACUGCAAAUUUGAUGUGCAAUGGGAAGUAGAAUGCCUUCCAAUUCUUCUGCCAAAGAGAAAAUGGUUUUCCAUGUUGCAAGAAAAGUUCCCGCCACAAAUGGAAAUACUUAGCGAUUCUGAAAUCACUUCCGGUUGUCGUGAACUGACAGAAGGGGUUCUUAAAUACGAGGGUGAAAUUGUAGAAUUUCAAGACAGGCUUUUGUUCAUCACUGUGUCUCACUCCGCGUUGGAAGACGGGUUCCCUAAGAUUCAGAGACAUGGUAGAAGUGACACCGGAACCUUUCCUAAUCUUAAAAAUCUCAAGCUGAAUAUGUCGGUGACACCCGACAUCAGAAAGUUUCUAAAACCACGGGAAAAGACAGAGGAAAAGGGAAAAUUCCCCUGGCAGUGAUAGAUUAAAUACUGUACUAUACAUAUACAGAUUGCCGAAUCCUGUGCUGAAUGCAUUUUCUGAAUCUUGCGUUCUGAAGUAUGCGAUACAUUUCCUAUUCUCGAUAGUGCAUCUGAUUUACAAAGUGAAGAAAUCAGUUAUGAAUAACAUGAAUAUAUUAUUUAUACAGCUUUCUGAGUGCCUUGUAGAUGUCUUUGUGUACUCGAGAAAAAUGCAGUGUUAAUAAAAUUUGAAGUUGCUCAA